UGCGGCACUGAGGCACACGAAGAGAACAAACAAUGUGAGAAAACGAGAGGAAAUGGUAAAGAAAAAUUCCAUCAGAUUUGUGUGUGAGUUUCUUCAGUUUGUUGAAUCGCAUCGGACCGUUCGGAACGCGCUGAGCCCAAAAAGAAAAACCAGAUAAGCAAUAUAGACUUGAGAGCUGAGCGAAAACGUGAAGCAACGUCGAGACGGGGCACGUUAACGGCACAAAAGUGUAGUGUAGUUCUAGGCUUUUCAUUUCGUUUAUCCCUUUUUAAGUUAUUGUCAUUUGUUUAUUACUCCAUCGGUUUGCAAUCCUCUUCGGUUUUGGUUACAAUACAAAUCAAUGCGAUUAUGUUUGUUGGCAGCGCGCACAAAAUCCAAAAAUCCAGCAAAUAGGAAAAUCACCUGGAAUCGUUAUCGAAUCAUCGGGAAAUAGGAAGCAUCUAUCAAAGUUUUAGAUUUCUAUUGAAUUCACAUUGAAGUGAAUCAUAUGGAAUUUUGGACAUGAGAUAUUUCGCAAUGUGGUUCAACCAAACCCCAACCUAGUGAGUACCUCAAUGCCACACGAAAGCACCCAAAAUGCUUUCGUCGUGCUAACAUCUAGAUAAAUAUCAAGUGCAUACGCGCUACGCACGUCCAAGUGAGUGGAAGUCGAGUUCGCAGACGAAGAGGAAGUGGAAGUGGUGGUCAAAGUGAGAGAGUGGGUGACAUCAGUGGGCGUGACCAGUUGCCCUACAACUGGAGACGGAUUGCGAUUGUGUACGUGGGUGUGUGUGUGUGUGUGUGUGUGUGACCCUUUGAGCGGGACACGCGACAACUACAGAAUUAAUCUUGGGCAAGGAAUACGAUAAACAUUCAGGUUUGCGGCUGACACAAAUCCAUUUGAAACACUCACACGUCACAAUCAAAGAUACAACAAACAUUGUGCACCACAACAACAGCAACAACAAAAAAAAAACAAUAAGAACAAGAACAACACACUAGUUACUGAUCUACUCUGAUCAGUUUAGAUAUUCAUUGUAAUACUCAUCUUCUCUACUGUGAUCAUGACUUAUAUACCUAAAAGAAUGCAACACUAUACGCAUGCAGCCAUGAAUCUGAUCAACAUGGACUCGGAAAACCGAGUCGUCCUCAAUGUGGGUGGGAUUAGGCAUGAGACAUACAAGGCCACAUUGAAGAAGAUUCCGGCGACACGUCUCUCGCGACUCACCGAAGCACUGGCCAACUAUGAUCCCAUACUCAAUGAAUACUUCUUCGAUCGGCAUCCAGGUGUAUUCGCACAAGUGCUCAACUAUUACAGAACCGGCAAACUGCAUUAUCCCACAGAUGUGUGCGGUCCGCUGUUCGAGGAGGAGUUGGAAUUUUGGGGUCUUGACUCCAACCAGGUGGAGCCCUGCUGCUGGAUGACCUAUACACAGCAUCGUGACACACAGGAAACCCUCGCCGUACUCGAUCGUUUGGAUCUGGAUACGGAAAAACCGUCCGAAGAGGAAUUGGCGCGUAAAUUUGGCUUUGAGGAGGAUUAUUAUAAAGGCACUGUAUCAUGGUGGCAGGAAAUGAAACCACGCAUUUGGUCGCUAUUCGAUGAGCCUUACAGUUCCAAUGCCGCCAAAACAAUUGGCGUUGUUUCGGUAUUCUUCAUAUGCAUCUCGAUAUUGUCCUUCUGCCUGAAAACCCAUCCGGACAUGCGAGUGCCCAUCGUGCACAAUGUGACCGUGAAAACGGCCAAUGGAAGCGCCGCUUGGUUUCUGGACAAGUCAAUGACGAAUGCGCACAUUGCCUUUUUCUACAUUGAAUGUGUUUGCAAUGCCUGGUUUACAUUUGAGAUACUGGUCCGCUUUAUCUCAUCACCGAACAAGUGUGAAUUCUUAAAGUCAUCUGUUAACAUCAUAGAUUAUAUAGCAACGCUUAGCUUUUAUAUCGAUCUAGUGCUUCAGCGAUUCGCAUCGCAUCUGGAGAACGCUGACAUCCUCGAGUUCUUCUCGAUCAUCCGCAUUAUGCGUCUGUUCAAAUUGACGCGACAUUCGUCCGGAUUGAAGAUCCUGAUACAGACGUUCCGGGCGUCGGCUAAGGAAUUGACGCUGUUGGUAUUCUUCCUGGUGCUGGGCAUUGUGAUCUUUGCCAGUCUCGUUUAUUACGCCGAGCGUAUACAGCCCAAUCCGCACAAUGACUUCAAUAGCAUACCGCUGGGCCUGUGGUGGGCUCUGGUCACCAUGACCACUGUUGGGUAUGGCGAUAUGGCGCCCAAGACCUACAUUGGCAUGUUUGUGGGUGCACUAUGUGCCCUUGCCGGUGUGCUAACCAUUGCACUGCCAGUGCCCGUUAUCGUCAGCAACUUUGCCAUGUACUAUUCACAUACGCAGGCUCGGGCAAAACUGCCAAAGAAGCGUAGACGAGUGCUUCCCGUCGAACAGCCCCGACAAGCGCGACUGCCAGGUGAACGUGCUCCGGGAGGUGUCAGUGGCUGCGGCACUCCAGGCUCUGGUCCACACUCGGGUCCAAUGGGAUCUGGCGGCACCGGACCACGCCGCAUGAACAAUAAAACUAAGGAUCUGGUCAGUCCCAAGUCAGUUGCUCAACUCUUCACAGGUCCAUUGGGUGCCAGCAUCGUUGCGAUGAGUCCACGCACCAUGUUGGAUCUGAAUCCGGCACUGGCCAUGGGUAAGCCCACAUUUCAGCCACGUUUCCCAACACAGUUAGCAGCCAGCAACAUUACCAACACCAUCAACACCACGUCCCCAUUGGCGCCCACAAUACCGGUAACAUUAGCGGCAGCUGCCACAGCAAUAGCAACAGCAACGGCAACAGCAGCGGCAACAUCGGGAACACUGUCAGCGGUGCCCAGUAUAGCGGUGUCCAGUAUAGCGGUGUCAACCACCGCCAGUCUGGGCAAGGAUUGCACCGGCACCGGCACCACAACCACCACCAGCACCACUCUGGAGGCCACCAAGAAGGCUUUUCUUUAAAACGAUUCUUUCUUCAAAAAAAAAAAAAGAACCCCAUAAAAGCAAUAUUUAAAAGCCUAUCAUAAUCUUCGCAUACGUAUGAAUAGGAGUACGAGUACUCAUAACUAAAUGAAGCUAUAAAUACCCUCUUUCCACUACAAGAAAAAUACUUUUUUUCUCUGAAUUUAUAUGUUUUUGUUUUAUUUUUGGUUUUAUUAAUAAUAGUUGUCUCUUGUCACAUAAAUUCCCAAAAAAUCUACCUUCUUAAUAAUUUAAAAAAAAUUGGUAUAAUAUAGAGAACAAAUUAAAUUGUUUUUGUAGUGGCAAGAGGAUACAACACGCAAUAUCUAAUACAUUUAGACGCCUCAUUAUUUGGCCAUAUCAUGACAUACAUAUUACCUAGGGCUAUAUUUAGUAUUAUUAAAUUUAAUAAUGCAUCGGCACUCACUGGUUUUGCAUUUUAAAGAUAUACAACAAAAGUUUUAUAGUUGUUUUAAAAUUUAAUGAUCCAUUUUACAAAAAUAGUCAGAAAAAUGUAUAUAAUACAUCGAAUAAUAUCAACAAUUUUAAGUCAGUGAUCCUGAAGUAUUUCUCUACCUGUGAGGAAAAUUUUAUUGCAUUAACUUUACAUCUUUAACAUUAUAUUAUAUAUUUAUUUUCUAAAAUAAUUUUCAAUUCAUUUUUCAUUUUCCAUUUUAGAAGCAGCAUUCAAUGCUCCCAUUUCAAAAAACCAACUUAAGUAACUCGACUUAGGUGCGUGCUGUGCAAACUAUUCCCUUUUUUUUUGUUGAUUUUUUACUUUUAAGCUAAUUAGCCAAAAACCCACGCUCAGGAGAGAAGAGUUCUCCUACAGACAGUCGAGAUACGUAUACUUAAUAAAAAGUUGGCAACUGCUUAAAAUUCAUUCAAGCAAACGCUGCCAAAUCGCUUGUUAAGGGCACGUGUUAAAUUUUCAGCUAAUAGGUAGGAGCCAUGGAGCUUACUUGAUGCCAUGAACUGAAAAACAUUGUGUAAACUUUCUGCAGCUUAACAUAAAUAAAUGAAUUUGCCAACAGUCAGGCUGUCUGAUGCCUUUUCCUUCCUCCUCUUUUACUUCAAUCAUAUGCUGCAAGUUGAUAACUUAUAAAUUGCAUAUACCUAAAGCAAAGGGAACUCAAAUUUACUUUAAUUAUUUUCAACCUGAAAUCGACAACUUCAGGACGAGGGGAAGUUGGGGGUUUGAGGAAUAAAGCAGCAGACAGCAAGUAAAAUUUGCAUGUAAAAUCUCUGGCAAAGAUUUUCCUUUUAGCUAAAGCAUAAAACCAGUUAAAAGUCAGGCAAAGUUUAUAUUUUUCUUUUUCUCUCUGUUAUAGUAAGCAUACGCAGUUGUUAACUUCUUAAUGGGGGAAGGGGGUUGACUAGGGAAGGGGGUCAGAGUAUACACAUACAUAUUAACGAUACAUAUAUCAUAGUAGGUGAAGCCUCUUGUACAUUUUAAAUAUCUCUCAUACAUUGCAUAAUUAACUAAUGCAUAUAUUGUAACUAUAAAUAAAUUACAAUUUACGAUUAUUUCUAAGAUUAACAA